CACCAGCGCAAGUCGGGGCUAUAUAACUCUGCAAGAGUUGGCCACUCCCGCCUUGGCAUCGUACUUUUCACAGCAUUUCACCCGAACUCAUCUCUACGUUGUCCUCUUCGCAUCCUGUAUGGAUCAAACAGCUGGCGCGUUGAGGCUAAGCAAGAUCGUCAAUAGACACCUCAGUCACGAUGCCAAGGACUCUACGACCAUAACGUCAAGCCCAUCGCCCAGACUUCCUCCGGAGCUAUGCGACAACAUCCUAGAUUAUAUCGAGGAUGAUUAUCCCUCUCUCGCAGCUUGUGGCCUUGCAAACCGUGCCUGGUUGGCACGAGCGCGAGCACAGAUCUUCCAUAGCGUGUCUGUACGGGGCGCUGAGGAAUAUCGUCGCUUCAAGCGGCUGCUCAAGCGCUCGCCGGCUGUGGCAGGAUACGUCCGGAAAUUCUCCAUCACAAGCUUACGAUGCGAUACCAAUAGACCAGAUACCCAGUGGUCGGGUUCCGACUGGCCUCGUUUGCUCCUCAGGCUGCGCAACCUCGAGGAGCUGACAGUGAUGUGGCUGAAGUUCAAGCUUCCAGGAGACGUGCUGUCUGCAUUCCGCACCGGAAGCCGUUCGCUUCCAAUCAAGACGCUGCGUUUUGCGAUGCUAAGCUUGAGAGAGAAGGACAUCAAGCUGGUCCUCUCCGCAUGCCCGAAGCUCUCUGCUCUGUGGCUGACGCACUGCGCGAUACCCGAGCCGUCCGUCAUCAGCAAGCUAAAGUCGUACUCGUCGCUGGAACGCGUGCGCGCCUCACUCUAUACCCUGAAGGGUCGAGGCAAAGCAGGGUCCUCUCAGUUGUCCCUCGCCUUGUCGUCCCUCGAUCACGUCGCGAUCGAUACCCUAAUCUACGACGCACACCCCUUCUCCCGGAACCUCAUCGUCCCAUGGCUCAUUGAACGCCCCAACAAGAUUCACCUCCGACGGCUCGCACUCCGGUGCGAGCCUGACCAUCCGUUUGUCAAUGCCUGCACCAUCAACCUUCUCCAAUCCUCCGGCACCCUGCUGGAGAGUCUCUCAGUGGACGUCCUUGAGGGCUUUCGCCUGGGCCCGCAGUCCGAGGGCCGGCCAUGUCUUGCGUCGAACACCAACCUCGCGUCGUUGUACGUGAACGUCCCGCUCACUCAUCCCGAGCGGGGCUUCUGUCGCUCUUGGGAUGGCCUCCUUGAGGUACUCUCGGAUGUCGAGCCCAGGCAUGCGCAGCUCCGGCAUAUCCAGAUCGUCUUCUCGCCAUCGCACGAGCUGUGCGCAACCUUUGACUGGGCGGCGCUCGAUGACGAGCUGGUGCGCAUCGCGGAAGACCACCCGCGUAUUGCGCUCACGUUCUACGCCUUACCCGUCGCCCUUCGCCGCGAGCCGUACGCGUGGAUGUCCGACUUCACGACGUCACUCCUGGACGGCAUGCCGCGCGUGCUCGCGUCGAGCGCGCGCAUAUCGGUGAUGUGGUUCGACAAGCAGCAAGAUGCGGAGAAACACUGUGGGGAGGGCGUGCUCCGACCGCUGUGGUGUUCGUGAACGCCACUCAUAUUGUGACUCGUCUCGGAAGCUGUGUGAUGGAGUCGAGGGCAUUGUUUCGCUAGCGCACCGCUUGCGUGCAUCAUGCAUGAUACCUCAUGAAUUGAUAUGAUCUUGCUCACUAUGUACUGUUAUACCCGCUCACUGCCAUAUCUUGAAUGUAGGAUUAGGAAGGAUCACGAUUGCGUUGAUGACGCGCUGUCAUAAUAUUCUAACUUAUAGUCGCUCGGCGAGCGGCCUGUAAUCGAAUAUUUAACUUUUAACUCUUGGGAUUCGUGUUGUUUCGGAGGUGUGAUCUGCAAC